AUGUUUAAAACACCUAUGACUAAUAAGCAUAUGAGGAAUACUCAUGGAUCACUCGAGUCAAUAGAAUAGUUCAAAAAUCCUAUUGAUCUAGAUGAAACUGAAUUCACACAUAAGUUAAGACAUCUUCCAGAAAAAAUAGAGUAAUUUAAAACUCUUUUCCUUAAUAAGAAGCCAAAGUUCCUUAAAAAUAAGGAGAAUUCCUCUGAUAAUAAGUUUAAUGAUGAAAGUCAGGACUCUAAAAGAAAUAGUCUCAAAUUCAAGAAAAAAAAGAAAAUUCAUCAUUAUGCCUAUGCAAGAAGGGGUUCAAGGAUGAUGUCUAAAGAAUAAGCUUAGAGUUUAUUUAAAAGAUCUGAUUCCGCCAAUCAAUCUGUAAAUAGCUAUUAGACCUAUAAUGGUCUCCAAAGAGAAAGGGGAAAAAGCUUAUUCUAAUCUUAGAUUAGUUCGAAACUACCAAUUUUAAUGCCAGAAAGAAUGAUAGAAUAGUAAUAGCCAGAUAAUUGGAUUGAUAUUACCUUAUUUGAAGAUUAAAUUCAAAACAAUCAUGAGUAAAGUUUCACUCAGAAGCUUCCAUAGAUUAGUCUAUUUAAGGACAAGAGCAAAAAGAAUUCGUAAAAAGAGGACUUAAUUCCUCCACCUGAAAUCUAAUAUAGCAAAGGAGUCUAAAAAUUGGUCUCAAAUUUUUAAUAACUUUUGAAAGACAAAAAAUAUGAUUUAAGUUUGAUAGCAAAUUAGAAGGAAACCUUACAGAGUGGAGCAUAGUCAACUGUAAAUGAAAGUAUGUUAAGAAUUUCUUUUAGGCAAUCAAACACAAAUUCUUUAAACAGCACCUUUAGGAAAAUACAGCCGAUACUUCAGCAACAUCCGGCUAUCCACCUUGUUGAAAAAAAAUUAAAAAAGGUUUAAAGUGAAUAGCAACUUUAAAAUUUGAAAGUAAAACACGAUAUAAUGAGAAGAACAAUGAAUAAAGAUAAAGUAUAGGAUGGUGAAAGAUCACAUAAAGUAGGUCAAGGGUAAACAAGACAAAGUUAAACUGAACUUAAAAUAAUCCAAAAGGUUAUUAGAAAAAAUUAAAGUGAAAAUAAUCUUUAAGAGUUUAUAUUUGAUAAUGAAGAAAAGAAAAAUAGGAAAAGAGAGAGGAACAAAUCUAACAAAGAUUUAAGUCACAUAUAUAGAACAACUUAACCACAUUUGAAAGAAGAUAUUGAACCACAAAAGUCUGUGAUACUUGACGACGAUUAAGAUGGCAGGACAUCAUAGACCAUAAGAAAUAGAUCAGUUAUGAAGAGCGUUAAUUCAAAUUACAACUCCCAAAAUAAUUCAUAUUUUGAGAAGUUGCCUUAAAUCUCAAAUUCUUCAAUAGUAAAUUCCUAAAAGAACUAAGUUGAGAAUCUUAAAAAUAAGACAAAGAUGCAUUUCUUAGAUAAAGUAGGAAGAGGAAUACCAAGACAUGUUGAAUCAAGAAAACAGUCAACUGACACUCUAUCAUUGAUGCCAUUAGUUAAGAAAAUCAAGCAAAGCUUUUAAAAUCAAACUAGUUAAGGAUAGAAGUUUAACGGUUUAAAACCAAAUAUCAUAAUCCUCUGA